AUGGGCCAGAGGAAAAGGCUACAUAGCCGAAAUGGUCGGCGAGUCACCCUUCCAGAUGCACCGUUGUGGAUGCCCGUGAAAGGUUCUGAAAAACGACAGAGUCUUAGUUGCCAACCAGGGCCCCUGAUGGGGCAUCCCUAUCCACAAACAGAGAAUUUCAACCAUACCUGUCAGCAUACAAAUCCUAGCGAGGACAGUGGAAACCGCAGAAACUCCCUUGAGGAGGCGAGCAGUGGAUUUGUCAAGACCUGUUUUGAUCGGCAAAAUAGCCUCCCAGAACUAAGGCCGAAUAUCGUGAGCCCAUCCAACGACAGGGAGACGCUGGCUGAACAUGAGUCAAUGACCGGGAGGCCUACGCCUCUGAAUCCGGGGGCUGAAGCCAUGGAAGGCCAGAGCAAUACUGGCAUAGGACGCUACGGUACAAGAGGAAUUACUGAUCUACGGGACGAAAAUGAUGAACGCGUACAUCUUCAAGCCCUCACCCCACAGAGACAGCGAAACAUAGCGAAGAAGCCGUUUGCCAAGGGCCAGGCGGGUCCAAUCUGCCGGAUGGAGUUCCAUAUUCUGCGACACAUCAAUUGA